CAUCUGCUCAAACCCCAGCCAAUACUGCAGUGAGGCCUCUGCCACCUCCACCAUGCUGACUUCCGGGCUGCUGCUGGGAUCCCUAUUCUUUUGUCUCUCAGCCCUGAUGGUGCUCUCUGUAUGGAGACAGAGGAAAGCUAGCAGCGGCCUUCCCCCUGGGCCUAUGCCCCUGCCUUUCAUCGGCAACUACCUGCAGCUCAACACUGAGCGGAUGUAUGACUCCCUCAUGAAGAUUGGGGAAAAAUAUGGACCCGUGUUUACAGUACACAUGGGAUCGAGAACCAUCAUAGUCCUGACUGGAUAUGAGGCUGUAAAGGAGGCACUGGUUGACCAAGCAGAAGAGUUCUCUGGUAGGGGGAAGCAGGCCACCUUCGACUGGCUCUUUAAGGGAUUUGGUGUUGCUUUCAGCAAUGGUGAGAGUGCCCGGCAACUCCGACGAUUCUCCAUCACCACUCUCAGGGAUUUUGGCAUGGGCAAGAAAGGCAUUGAAGAGCGCAUCCAAGAAGAAGCUGGCUUCCUCAGUGAGGCUCUCCGAGGCACAAAAGGAGCUGCCAUUGACCCCACCUUCUUCCUGAGCCGCAUGGUCUCCAAUGUCAUCAGCUCCAUUGUCUUUGGUGAUCGAUUUGAAUAUGAGGACAAACAGUUCCUGUCCUUGUUGCGUAUGAUACAGGGGAGCUUCCAGUUCACAGCCACAUCCAUGGGACAGGUGACCCCCAAGACCUUCUCUCAUACCCACCUGGGUCUCUCUACUCACCUUCAUCCCUUAAUCUUUAGCUUUCUUUUCUUUUCUCUACCUUCAGUACUCUAUUUCAUCACUGAGAAGGUCCGGGAGAACCAGGCCACCCUGGACCCUAACUCCCCCCGGAACUUUAUAGACUCCUUCCUGAUCAAGAUGCAAGAGGAAAAGAACAAUCCCAACACAGAAUUCUUCAUGAAGAACUUGAUCAUGACCACCCUAGCCCUGUUUUUUGCUGGCACUGAGACUGUUAGCACAACCCUUCGCUAUGGCUUCCUUCUGCUAAUGAAGCAUCCAGAGGUGGAAGCCAAAAUCCAUGAGGAAAUCGAUCAGGUGAUUGGGCGGAAUCGAUCACCCAAGUUUGACGACAAAGCCAAGAUGCCAUACACAGAGGCUGUCAUACAUGAGAUACAAAGGUUUGGAAAUGUUAUCCCCAUGGGUCUGGCCCGGAGAGUCACAAAGGACACCAAAUUCCGGGGCUACCUUAUUCCCAAGGGCACAGAGGUUUAUCCAAUGCUGGGCUCAGUACUGAGAGACCGCAACUUCUUUGCAUGUCCUGAAGCCUUCGACCCCCAACACUUCCUGGAUGAAAAGGGCCUAUUUAAGAGGAGUGAUGCCUUUGUCCCCUUCUCCAUUGGCAAACGCUACUGUUUUGGUGAAAACUUGGCCAGAGUGCAGCUGUUCGUCUUCCUCACCACCAUCCUGCAGAACUUUCACUUCCAGUCUCCACUCCCGAAAGAGGCCAUCGAUAUCUCCCCCGAGAUGGUGGGCUUUGCCACCAUCCCCCGCAGCUACACCAUCUCAUUCCUGCCAAGAGGGUGAGGGUGAGCCCAGGCAGCUGCAACAGAAACAGGAGGAGCCUGCAGGACUCCUGGGUGGGGUGGAUUAGGAUGUAUUAAUAAAGCCUGAGCCCCUAGGCA